AAUCUGUGACAAAUGAUUUUCAAAUUCUUUUUUUUAACUUAUAAACAAUUAGCUUCAAUAAAUCGCGUUGUACAGCGAGUUGUAAAAUACGAAUAAAAACAAUAUAUAGCUUACAUUUUACUUGGUAGAUAUAUACUUCUGUAGAAAUAUAAGUACACAUAGUUUAAAAUAAUUGUAGAUUUAUAUACGCGAACAAAAUAAAAGUUCGAUAAUUUACUAUUGGUAUGAGUAAUUUGAUAUUUGGAGUCGGUGUAGGAUUAUUCCUUAUUCUGAUUCUGUGGGCUCUGGCUUUAUUUGUAUUUAUUAUCACUCUACGCAUCGAGAAGAGGAUUGGUGCUUUUGCUAUCUUAAUAGUUAGCAUAUGUACAAUUAUUUUAAUUAUUUUACCAAGAGCAUCUGAGAAACCUCCCUCUAUUGAGAAAAAGAUAUACGAUCAUUUAUUUAUUUGGCGUAUUCUAUUACUUGUGCUGUUGGUUGUAUCUUCCAUCAUUGGUGUGGUAGGAUAUAUUAAAUUUGUAUUAACAGAACCUAUCAGGCCAAUUCGAAUAACUAAUUGGGUUUCUUAGAUAUUUAUUAAUCUACUGAUAAGAUAGGAAUGUAGAUACGUACAACUGCUAAUCUCUAUUGAUUAUGUGCAGUUAGACCAUUUUUUGUAGCUUGUAAUAUUUGACAGUGUUCAUACAAUUACAAAAUGCUGCGCAACACUGCUAAGCUUUCAUCAAUGUUGGUGAGAAGCGUUUCUCUGUCCCGCCAGAAGAAUAAACGAUUUGAAAUAAAUAACAAUAGUGAAUUUGUUACUAAGGUAAUGAACAGUUCGGUACCUGUUAUCGUAAAUUUUCAUGCUGAAUGGUGUGACCCUUGUAAAAUACUCACGCCUAGAUUAAUAGACCUUAUAGAACCAAUGGAUACAUUAGAUCUUGCCAUUGUAGAUUUAGAAUCGAAUCCAGAAUUAGUACACAUCUUUGAAGUAAAAGCUGUACCAGCUGUUAUAGCAAUUUCGAGUGGAUUGGUGGUUGAUAAAUUUGUAGGUUUAGUUGAUAUGGAUAUGAUAGAAAAUUUAAUACAUAAACUUACUCAAACUCCCCCUUUAAAUUCUGAAGAUGGUAAAACAGAAGUUUAAACAUGUGCAUAUUAGGAUUGUAUAUUAUGUAAAAUUAUUUUAAUAAUUCAUCAAUUAUAUUCUUGCAAUUUGUAUUGUGCUAUAUAAUUUCAUUUCGGUGAGCAUUAAUAUUAUUCUGGGACAGAAAUAUUAUGCCACUGAAAAAGUCUUUGGUAGUAAUUACAUGUUUUAAAUGUAAAUCAUAAAAUUCUAUUAAAUAAAAUGGAAACCUACAAAUGAAGUCAUAGUUUCAAGGAGAACAAUCAUGUUUGCUAUUAUAAAUCUCAAACAAAAUUUUGAAGUUUCUAUAAAUUUUCAACACUAACUAGAAUUUUCACUGUAGAUGUCUUCUUGACUUCUAAUGAAUAAAUGUUAGGAUAAAAUAUAAAGUUACUAUUUCUAAAAAGAUAACGUAUUCUCAUUUAUUAUUUAUAAUUUUUAUAAUAAUAACUUGUUAAUUACUUUACAAACUCUUGGUAAUGUUUUAUAUGUGUCAAUUAUAUUAUAAUAUGAUUAUAAAAUGAUUUUUUUAAACUGAUUGUGUAUUACAUAGUACAAUACAUUGUAAUAAUUAAGA